AAGAUGUCAUUCCUUGAUCAACAAACCACAUCUACAAAAAUAUUUUCUGAGGAUCAAAUCAGCAACUUCUACACAGGAGCAGAAGAAAUAAAAACAUACAAGAGUUCCCAAACAUUGUUUAUAAGCUUGUUACACCACGUUUUGCAGUUUCAAAGAGUGAACUCAUUGUAUUGUUUUCUGUUUAUUCUGCAAGCUGUCUUCAUUAUACUUGUAUUGCUCAGAAAAUCAAGGAGUAAUAUUUGUUUUAAAAAUGGAACUAUUUCCUACUUAGCCAAGAAAUGCAGCAGCAAAGUGAUAAACAAUGUACUUUCAAUGUUAGACAUUGACUUAAACCUUACGGACUCAGAUGGAAAGGCUCCUUUACAUCUUUACGCAGAGAAGAACAACGUAUGUUUUGGGGAGUUGUUAUUAAAUGGUGGCGCAGAUGUUAAUGUCAAAACUAAAGGUAAUGACUCAGGAAAGAGCCCAUUGUUUAUCAGCGCGGAAAGAAAUCACAAAGACUUUGCAAAACUUUUGGUGAAAUGGAAAGAAAAUGUCAAUGAAUUGAAUGGCCGUGGUGAAAAAAAAAUAGCUUUACAUUUAUGUAUUGAACGCGGAUAUGUAGACAUUGUGGAUACUCUGUUGGAUGCAGGUGCUGAUGUAAAUCUGGCUGACGGGAACGGUAAGACAGCUUUACAUUAUGCUGCUAGGUACGAAAGUUUGAAACUUGUCCAGCUGCUAGAUAAGCGUACAAAUAGUUAUUGCUCUAGCGUAUUGGGUGAAAAGCCUGACAUGAAAGAUUGGACAGCUUUAUAUAAUGCUGCUAUAGAAGACAGUAAGAAACGCAUCCAGUUACUUUUGGAUAAAGGCGCGGCUAUUAAUAGCAUUGACAAUUUUGAACAAACGGCUUUACAUUACGCAUCAUACAGCGGUUCAAAUGAAAUUGUCGAUUUUUUACUUGAAGCUGGAGCCUCAGCAGAUAUCUUAGACACUUGUGGUGAAACAGCUUUACACUGUGCUGUUGUGUACGCGCGAAAUCCCGUAACAGCCUUAACACUGUUAAAAAAGACAAGUGUUUUGACAUCGGAGACAGGUAUGGCAACACAGCUUUACACUACAGCUGUCAGAACGAUCUUAAAGAAGUUGUGGAGGCGUUACUGGAAGCUGGAGCUGAUGUUGACCGCAGAGGCCAGUUCGGGAGGACCCCAUUGCACUACAGUGUAA